UAAUUUAAAAUUUUCUGUUAUAGAAACUUGGGCUCUCACCCAACCAGUGAUGUCGGCCGCCGCCGUGACUCCGGAAGGACUCGCCGGGCCGCCGGAUGUGACGCAGGGCCCAGGGCGCGCCGGAGCCGCGGAGAAAGCGCUGAGAAGGCGGGUCUCGUCUGAGGUCUGGCAGUGAUAGACAGCCGGGCGUCCACGGCAGCACCAUGCCUGCACUCCUGGAGCGCCCCAAGCUUUCCAACGCCAUGACCAGGGUGCUGCACCGGCACAUUAUGAUGGAACUGGAGCGCAAGCGGCAGGAGGAAGAAGAUGUGGACAAGAUGAUGGAACAGAAGAUGAAGGAAGAGCAAGAAAGAAGGAAGAAAAAGGAAAUGGAAGAGAGAAUGUCACUAGAGGAGACUAAGGAACAAAUUCUGAAGUUGCAGAAGCUUUUGGCCCUACAAGAAGAGAAGCACCAGCUUUUCCUGCAGCUCAAGAAAGUUUUACAUGAGGAAGAAAAACGGAGGCGCAAGAAACAAAGUGACCUGACCACCCUGACAUCAGCUGCAUACCAGCAGAGCCUGACUGUUCACACAGGAACUCAUCUUCUCAGCAUGCAGGGGAGCCCUGGAGGAGACAAUCGCCCAGGCACCCUUAUGGCAGCUGACAGAGCCAAACAAAUGUUUGGACCCCAAGUGCUUACGACCCGGCACUAUGUGGGCUCAGCGGCUGCUUUUGCGGGGACACCAGAGCAUGGACAAUUCCAAGGCAGUCCUGGUGGAGCCUAUGGGACUGCUCAGCCCCCACCUCACUAUGGGCCCACACAGCCAGCCUAUAGUCCUAGUCAGCAGCUCAGAGCUCCUUCGGCGUUCCCUGCAGUGCAGUACCUAUCUCAGCCACAGCCACAGCCCUAUGCGGUGCACGGCCACUUUCAGCCCACUCAGACAGGUUUCCUCCAGCCUGGUGGUGCCCUGUCCUUGCAAAAGCAGAUGGAACAUGCUAGCCAGCAGACGGGCUUCUCUGACUCAUCCUCUCUGCGCCCCAUGCACCCCCAGGCUCUGCAUCCAGCCCCUGGACUCCUUGCUUCCCCCCAGCUCCCUGUGCAGAUCCAACCAGCAGGAAAGUAAAGAUGUCAGUACCAACCAGGUGGACCUGUAUGUAUGCAUCACAAAGAGAAACCCAACCAAACUCUA